AUGGAGUCCCGAGUGAAACAAAGUGCUGCAUUGUCAACGUGUAGUGCAUCAUUCUACGGACGUAUCAUCCCCCAAACCAGUGAUCAAGAUCAAGUAGCUGCUACAUUGGCAGCAUUAGACGCUUCAAGAGCUCAUGAAAUGUCCUCCACGACUUGCUAUUGCACGACACGGACACUACGUAACGCCGUUUUAAGUGAAUCACGUUUUUAUCGUGUUUUAUCCGAGUCGAAAUUGUAUUCAAUUGAUUUUGGUGGACCACACGAUGAAAUGCUACUGGAGAAUUGUGAUGUGGUUGACAUGAUGGAACGUCACGACAUGCAACGACGCGUGUCGGCGCUUGUCGAGAGUGAUUACAAGGUCGUUCGUAUUCAGGAGUGGAUGAAAACAAGUCAUGGACGUACGUUAUCAAGUAGGAAGAAGAGACAGGAGCAGAUGAUGAUGAUGAUGCAGCAAAAUUAUUGCAAUGUAAAUAGUGUCGUAAAAAUGCCGGAAGAGAUUGUAGCUAGCAAUGGACGAUUGCAAUGUUUAUUGGGUGCAACGAACGCACCGACGUGGUUUAUUCGUCUUGCUCACGUUGAAAAGGCGUUUAUGAUGUUGUCGACAAAAGAGACGAAGAAAGCUGUAGAAGUUAGUCGUCAUGUGACAGAGAAACACUUUCUAGAGCCAUUACCAGAAGAUGAAAAGCCAAUUGUGGCGACAGGCAGGUUUUAUUAUCGAGUGCUAGUGCCUAUUGAAUUACGUCAAGCGCCGGAUCUACUAGCACCCGUCAUCUCUAAACAUGUGUUGAAGAACGCAGAGGAGAUUAUUGAAUGCCAUGAGACCUAUCGGUGUCCGCAAAGUGGAGUGACUUUUGUGAAGCUGGCAUACGAAGAUGGAUGGCUCUUUGAGACGCUAAAUUCAGGCAUUAAGGUGCUCGAGAAACUUGCAACUGAGCCUGACAGUGAGUAUGGUCAUUUUUUUUAUGUAGUGAAGAUCCCAGUAGGGAUCCGUGUAGCGCCUCAUAUUAUGGCGCAGCGGUCGGGAAAGGGCUUCAAGUUGCACUCAAUUGUGAAGGCGUCACAGCGCUUUACGCCGCCUGGAAGUAAAAUCACAUAUGUUCGAGUAUGCAAGGACAAAAACUCUCAGUGUGGUUGUUCAGACAGCCAUACAGGUAAAGCAGCGAGCCUGAAGUCUGUGGCGCGUAAAAAUAGCGCUGAUUGCGGUGCUGAAUUGCUGACUGAGGAUAAGCCUUUUGGUUCAUUGUCGGCACCAUUGUCAUGCCAUGGAGGUUGGAUCUUUGAGACAACCAUGGACGGGCAGGUGGUGCUAGAGCCGAUGGCGGAGCCAAAGGUGCGGCAGGUUAAGCGACUCUUUUAUCGCGUUUUGGAGGAUGUGAAUGUGGUGCCUACACCGGCUGUUGGAAGAAAAGAAAGAAAGAAAACUGCAGCGCUAGAUAUGUUAAGCUCUUCUAGCCCUACAAGCAGACGUAAGCGUCUAAAAAGCACGCUAAUCGAGUGCAGUGAAAGGCUUGUGCCUGCUGUGUCACCAGCCAUGGCAGAUACCGAUGAAGGUGACCUGCCAGCGAUAGGUUUUGUUAAGCUUCGACACGAUCUGGGAUGGAUUUGCGAGCGACAGGUGCAAUCCCCGUAUAAGUUGCUCCUGGAACAGGUUGAAGGCUCUGCUGUUACGCGCGAUUUAGCAAAAUUUUACCGUGUACUAGUGCCACUGCAUUUGCGGUCGGCUCCAGAUUUCGAGUGUCCGAGACUGCCAGGGGUAGCUCCUAUGACAGCGGGUACUGUUUUCGAAAGCAAUCUCCAGUACACACCACCAGGUAGCCGCAUCACGUACAUUAAAGUGGCCAGUGCGUUUCAUCCGACAGCAAAUAGUGCGUACGAUGGUUGGUUGUUCGAUCAAACACCAAGCGGUGAUCAGAAGAAAGUGCUGCUUUCACCUGAGCGGGCAAGCAAAGUGGUGCGCUAUUUGUUUGAGAACGCAAUCUUUUCGGCUGACAUGGAGUACACACUGCCGCAGACACAAGAGAAAUUUGUACGGCUGACGAAAGAGAAAGGUUGGGUUGCUCUUGACCCUCCGCGGCCACGAACAGAUAGCAUGUCGAGUGUUCCGCCCAGCCGCAGCGUUUCUCGCGUGAGUGCAAGUGGAGGUGAAGAUGGUACACUGCGAACACUGGUGCAAAUAUCAGAAGAACUAUAUAAUCUCUUCGCAAUGCCGCCAAGUUGGGUAAGCAUCGGGCAUCCAAAUCGUACGUGGUUUAAAGUUCCUGACGGGAAUUGCCGCACGGUCCUUGCAGAGGAGACGAUGCUGCAGAUGUCUGUAUUUGAGUCGCGCAACAUAUUAGCGUCGAGUUCUCAGGGUCGUGAGGGUGUGCCCCUCUCGCGAAAAGGAAUACUCAGACUGAACGACGGUAACAGUGUAUGGAGCUUCACGGUGGAAGAAAUUAAGCAUUCGGCCAGCGCACUGCUGUUCACAUUCCCUUGGAAACAAGUGUGGUGGAUCUUUGCGCUGGAGGGAUCAGACGAGCGGCAUUCUGUGGAAUUGCAACACGGUCUCCGUGGUGGAUUUCGCUCUAUUUUGAUGGACGGUGAGUCGCUACUACAGAACCGCAGCGUGACGGACAUGCUGUGGGACUCCGGCAGCGAGUUUACUUUUACAUGGAACGACCACACGUUCAAGGUUCUUAUUACACUUGAAGGCGCCUUCUUUUCUCAGUAUUUGCAGUUCUUUAGCUAUACUCUCGUAGUCGACGAGGAAAACAUCAUUCCACUUGACCAGUGA